AUGCCAGGUUACUCUGUCAGAGACGUCCCAGCACAGGACUUUAUCAACGCAUACGCCCAAUUCUUGCAAAGACAAGGUAAGCUCGAGGUUCCAGGCUACGUCGAGUUGGUCAAGACCUCCGCCGGCAACGAGCUCCCACCACAAGAGGCCGACAAAUGGUUCUACAAGAGAGCCGCUUCGGUGGCCAGACACAUCUACUUGAGAAAGCAAGUCGGUGUUGGUGCUCUGAACAAGCUCUACGGAGGCGCCAAGAACAGAGGUGCCAGACCAAGCAAGCACUACGACGCCUCUGGUUCCGUCAACAGAAAAGCUGUGCAAGCUCUUGAGAAGAUUGGUGUUUUGGAGAUCUCUCCAAAGGGCGGAAGAAGAAUUUCUGACAACGGACAGAGAGACUUGGACCGUAUUGCUGCCCAGACUUUGGAAUCCCUUGAAGACGACGAAUAG